GAGCCAGCGCACACGGGACAAGCCACAGCGCUUGUCAGUGCAGACCGUCGUGCGUCGUCUCUCGUGUCCCUUCGGUCCCUUCGCGUGUCAGAUCGGUCAGAUGGAGGCGCCGGCCUCGGACUCUUCCGGCCGCGACAGGUACAGGUCUCACCUCACCGGCGAGGGCGAGAAGAACACGGCGUGGCGGCACGGCGCACCGCCCACGCACGACGCCGUGAACGCCCUCUUCGAGGCCGAGCGCGCACAGGAGUGGCCGGCGGGUUCGCUGGAGGAGACGGUGCAGAACGCGAUCAAGACGUGGGACAUGGAGCUGUCGCACAAGGUGCGGCUGUCGGACUUCAAGUCAGUCAGCCCGGGGAGGUUCAGCCUGUCCGUGAACGGCGGCCCCGCGCUGACGGGGGAGGAGACGCUGGCCAUGGGCAGCUACAACGCGCUGCUGGCCAGCCCAAUCCUGGCGAGCACGGGCGCGUACGACGCCGCGGCCGAGACGUUCAAGUCCUCGCACGACCUGUUCCGCUCCGCGUUCCCGCGCGGGUUCGCGUGGGAGGUGCUCAAGGUGUACGCCGGCCCGCCGGUGAUCGCCCUCAAGUUCCGGCACUGGGGCCACAUGGAGGGGUCGUACAAGGGCCACGCCCCCACCGGCGACAAGGUCGAGUUCUACGGCGUCGCCGUCCUCAAGGUGGAUGAGCAGCUGCGGGCGGAGGACGUGUAGGUGUUCUAUGACCCAGGCGAGCUUUUGGGUGGCCUUCUCAAGGGGCCCAAGGUGGCGCUCGCCGAGAGGCUGAGCGAGGCGGCUACGGUGUCGGCGUCAGGUCCUGACCAGCCACCGAAGGCCUGCCCCUUUCUCAGCUCUGCAAAGCCAGAAUGAUGAUUAGUCACUCUACCCUAUAAAAAAGUUAAAAUUUAGUUAAAAUAAUUAUUUUAAUUCAGAAAAAAAGAAAGAGAGAGAGGAGAGGGAGGCAGCGCGGUAAAGUCAUACUAUUUUUUUUAUUUAUGGAUGUCUUAGAUCUCGAUUUUUGGUAAUUUUUUAGAUUUUUAUUUUUAUUAAUAAUUAAAAAACGCUAGUUAUAUUAUAUGAGAUAUAAGGUUUAGCGAUAUAACAAUAAUUAUAUUAUAUGAGAUCUAGGGUUUAGCAUAGUAAUUAAAAAGCGAUGUUUCGCAAUCAGAAGAAACUUGAAGAUAUUGGGUAGAAAAAGAUGGGCUGAAAGUGAAGUCGACUGUGUGAUGACGGUGUCUUGGUGUAAUAUUAUUGUUGAGGAAGCGCUUGUUCUUUUUGUGAAGGGCAUGAUCUUGCCUAAAUUAAUUAUCAACUAGAAUACUGGCGCGUCUUGCGAGUAGUAGAUGGAGAUUACCAAUGCCAUUGUUGCUAUUGUUGUCCUUCCUCGUUUUCUAUAAGUAGAUGAAGAUGAAUAUAUAGCCAUGCAUAUCAUGGAAAUAUCAUCAAAUGGGUGAAGGAGAAGUAAUCUUUCUGAUACAUUUGGGAUAUUUGUAGAAACUAACAGGAUUGUCUGCUAACCAAUGAAUUCAACAUUUCUUAUAUAACCUUGUUGAAGUAGGAAUUGAGAAGUGCAAAUGAAUGUAAUACGAGUAUCAACUUAUGAGGCACCAAAAAACAAAAGUGAAAAUUAUGAUGCAGAUAACUGAGUGUGUUUUAACUAAGAGUACAACAAACUAAAAACAGGCAGCUUUACAAAUACAUACAUAUUGCGACCAGACUACUCACGUUCUCUGUAUUACAUUAUAAAUACAUACAUACUGCAAACUUUUGUGCAUCAAGAAAUAGGUCAUGUGCUAACUUGAUUAGUUUUGCAUCCAUUAUUCGAUACUAAGGAAGUCAAAUAUCUAUUCUAAAGCGAGAAAUUUGAAAUGACUACACUGGGCCAUCAUGAUUGAUUUAAGGAGCGAAGACUUCUCUACGGUACCUAAAUAAAAAUGAAUUGAACCAGCUUACAUGAUGAAUAUAUUGCCAUGUAUAUAAGGGAAAUCGUCAUCAAAUGGACCAAGCAGAAGUGAUUUUUCUGACACAUU